AUGGAUUCAUGUGGCACAAGCGAGAAAACCGCCGGAACACCUUUGGUUGCUCACCGCCAAAUCUUCAAUUUGCUGUCACGUCCGACGACGGUCGUAACCACCAGGUGA